UUCCCUUGUGAUUAACUCCAAAAUCCCACUUCCCACCUUGCUUCUCUCUCACUCACUGCGCUCUCUCUCUACUUUCUCUCACAGUUUGCUCGCCUUCUCACCGAACUCCGAACCAUUUAAUUCCAAAAUUCCGCUCUCCAUUAUGCAACUAAACAUCAGUUUGGGGAACAUUCUUUGAUUUCUUUGGCCCUUCCCUUGCUCUGUUCUUUCUAAUUCUUUGAUUUCCUUCAAGCAAUGGAGCUGGAUCGACUCAGGCCGGACAUUACUAAUCCCGCCAUGACUUUCGACGAGGCUUCCAUGGAGCGGAGCAAGAGUUUCGUUAAAGCCUUGCAGGAACUGAAGAACUUGAGGCCUCAGCUGUACUCUGCUGCUGAAUAUUGUGAGAAAACCUACCUUCACAGUGAGCAGAAACAAAUGGUUGUGGACAACCUAAAGGACUAUGCUGUACGGGCUCUUGUUAAUGCUGUCGAUCACCUUGGUACGGUGGCAUACAAGUUGACUGAGCUUCUCGAGCAGCAAACGUCAGAUGUAUCAACCAUGGAGCUUAAAGUCUCUUGUCUAAAUCAGCAACUUCUUACAUGUCAAAUAUAUACGGAUAAAGAAGGCCUCAGGCAGCAGCAGCUACUGGCAUUGAUUCCAAGGCAUCAUAAGCAUUAUAUUUUACCGAAUUCUGUCAGUAAGAAGGUACAUUUUAGUCCACAAUUACAAACCGAUGCUAGGCAACAACCCUUUCAAGCAAGAGGUCGUCUUCAGCCCUCAGGCGUUCCUGCAUCAAAGACGCUUUCAUGGCAUUUAGCCUCAGAGACAAAGUCGACACUGAAAGGUGGUCCACAUUCUUUAAACGGUAACGAGGAGCAAAAAAUUGCAGAAAAAACUUCUGGAACUUUCCAUCUUAUAGAUAAUGAUGCCACCACCCGUCCGAAAUACUCAGCUGGUUACACUCAGCCAUCGAGUGGAUUUCCUGCUUCCAAUGCAAUUCUGCAAACGUUUGGUGCUACUCACAGGGAAGCAUUCGAGGGUUCCAAACAGUUGACAGCAUUCAGGUCAUUUGAUGCCCCGAAUCGACACGAAAGAGUACAUGCCCCCGCUCGCAGCAAAAGUGUGCUGUCUGCUUUCUUCGUGAAACAGAGAACACCGAAACUUAAGGUGGGCUCGGUCUUGUGAAUUCUUCUUCAACAGAAGUUACCGGCAAUAACCUCAUCUAUGGCUGCACAAAUUCUAUUUGUAUUGCAUCUCUCUCUCUGUUACCUGUUCAUUUUCUUCUCUUUUAUGUGCUAUAAAUAAUGAAAAAUUAGUACAUAUAACUGAUAAGUAAUAAGGAUUUAGGGAAGAUGGUAGUCAACAAUGUCUAUCCGUCAAUUCCUGCCUGAUAUGAUAAUUGAUAGGCUAAUUUCCGUGGACGGUUCAUUUUCUGUAUUGGUACUUUGUGACUAAUUGAUUAUCAUUUUCAUA